AUGGCCCGCGCUGCCCUGCUCCUCGCCAAGCUGUCCACGCUCCUCGCCGCCGCCACUGCAGGCGGAGAUGUCCCGCCCGGCAAAAUCGCGGUGGUUGGUGCUGGGAUCGGGGGCUCUGCUGUGGCCCAUUUCCUCCAGCAGCACUUUGGACCCCGAGUGCAGAUCGACGUGUACGAGAAGGGAACUGUGGGUGGCCGCCUGGCCACCAUCUCAGUCAACAAGCAGCACUACGAGAGCGGAGCAGCCUCCUUCCACUCCUUGAGCCUGCACAUGCAGGACUUCGUCAAGCUACUGGGGCUGAGGCACCGACGUGAGGUGGUGGGCAGGAGCGCCAUCUUCGGCGGAGAGCAUUUCGUCCUGGAGGAGACUGACUGGUACCUGCUGAACCUCUUCCGCCUGUGGUGGCACUAUGGCAUCAGUUUCCUGAGACUGCAGAUGUGGGUGGAGGAGGUCAUGGAGAAAUUCAUGAGGAUCUACAAGUACCAGGCCCAUGGCUAUGCCUUUUCGGGUGUUGAGGAGCUGCUCUACUCGCUAGGAGAGUCUGCCUUUGUCAACAUGACCCAGCGCUCUGUGGCCGAGUCCCUGCUUCAGGUGGGCGUCACCCAGCGCUUUAUCGACGAUGUUGUCUCUGCGGUGCUCCGGGCCAGCUAUGGACAGUCAGCAGCCAUGCCCGCCUUUGCCGGAGCCAUGUCGCUAGCCGGUGCCCAAGGCAGCCUGUGGUCAGUGGAAGGAGGCAACAAGCUGGUGUGUUCUGGUUUGCUGAAGCUUACCAAGGCCAAUGUGAUCCAUGCCACAGUGACCUCUGUGACCCUGCACAGUACAGAAGGAAAAGCCUUGUACCAGGUGGGGUAUGAGAGUGAACUGGGCAGUGGAUCCGACUUCUACGACAUCGUGGUCAUCGCCACCCCCCUGCACCUGGACAACAGCAGCAGCAACUUCACCUUUGAAGGCUUCAACCCACCCAUUGAUGAUGUCCAGGGCUCCUUUCAGCCCACUGUCGUCUCUUUGGUCCAUGGCUACCUCAACUCUUCCUACUUCGGCUUCCCUGACCCAAAGCUUUUCCCCUUUGCUAACAUCCUUACCACAGAUUUCCCCAACUUCUUCUGCACUCUGGAUAACAUCUGCCCCGUCAACAUCUCCUCUAGCUUCCGGAGGAAGCAGCCUCAGGAGGCAGCUGUUUGGCGAGUUCAAUCUCCCAAGCCUCUCUUUCGGACCCAGCUGAAGACCCUCUUCCGUUCCUAUUACUCAGUCCAGACAGCUGAGUGGCAAGCGCACCCCCUCUAUGGCUCCCGCACCACCCUCCCAAGGUUCGCACUCCAUGACCAACUCUUCUACCUCAACGCCCUGGAGUGGGCGGCCAGCUCUGUGGAGGUGAUGGCUGUAGCUGCAAAGAAUGUGGCCUUGCUGGCUUACAACCGCUGGUACCAGGACCUGGACAAGAUUGACCAGAAGGAUUUAAUGCACAAGGUCAAGACUGAGCUGUGAGGACCCCAGGGAGAGCCCAGGAACUUCUGCACCACAGUGAAGAUGGUCACACCCACGGCAGCCCAGGACCGACAGCCACAUUCCCUGACAAGCUGCUCUUUUGACCCCUUAUGUAUUUUUUCCCUCCAGUGUGGGUCCAGGUGAUCCACCACCUGCUAUCUAUCUUA